CCGUUUCGAAAACCAAAAAUUCUCUCUCUAGGCGGGAGAGAGAGAGAGAGAGAGAGGGCGAGCGGUUGCAGCCGCGGCGGCCAUGGCGGAGGCGGCGGGAGCCCUAGCCCCGGCGCAGGGCCCCGAGGAGGCGCCCCUCGAGGCGGCCGCCAUCAGGAGCCGGGUGGAGCAGCUCUCUCUGAAGCGGCGGCGGCGAGGAGGGGAGGAGGAGGAGGAGGCUGCCGUAGCCGACGCGGAGGUGGCGCUGGAAUCCGCGUACCAGUUGGCUCGGGAAGGGAUGGAUGUGUUGGACUCGAGCACAGCUGCAAUUUCAAUUGAGGAUUCGGAUGCAUACCUAGAACGGUUGAGAAAGGAGGUUGCCUUGGCAGAGGAAGGGAACAGGAAGGUAUCUGAUGAGAUUGGUGUCACUGCAGAGACGACAGCCAAUGAUAUGAUUCAGCUGGAUGUUGAUAUUGGAGUUCUAGAGUCUUUGUUAUCGAAGCUUGAAUCAGAGGGUUUCAACCAUUUUGAUGCAAGCCCUGUUCUAGGGCAGUCAGACUCAACUGAUUCUUGUAGAAACCAAAGCAUUGCUGACAAGGACUGCAUAUAUGAGGUUUUGGAACUUGAUCACCAAAUUGGAAGAAGUAAGAUGAACCUUAAAAUGUUACAAAAUCUACAAAGUGUUGAUGAAAUGUGGCAACUUAAAUCUAUGUUAUUGCCAUUUGGAGCCAAGGUCUUAGACUUUAAAGACAACUGUCUCAGGAUGUUCCUGAAGGCACCUACAUGGACCUCGGACUGUGUAAUUUAUGGACAACAAUUGAAUUGUGCUAUUGAUUCGUUUAUCUCAGACCAUGAGCUGUUGAUAGAAGUUGAUGAAGGAAAUAUGGAACCAAAGAACUUAAAGAUUUUUCCUGAUGAUGUGUGUGUAGAUAUACUGAUUGAAAGGCUCGAGUCCUCCAGAGAGGUCAUUUCUUCUCCAGCCUUGGGAUGGCUUAUUCAGCAAUGCCAACGCCGCUUCAUAAUCAACGCUCUAAGACGAUCAUUAGUCAAUGAUGCUAAUAAUUCCAGGCAUUCUUUUGAGUAUUUCGACAAAGAGGAUGCGAUCAUAGCUCACUUGGAUCGUGGAAUUGAUGCCUCCAUCAAGAUAUCUUCUGAUUGGCCACUUUGUUCCUAUGGUCUGAAGUUAAUUUCAAUCUGCAAUUCAGGGACCCAUCCAACAAAUAUAGCUUCAAGUCUGCUUACCAAGACCAAGGAACUGGCCAAUGGAUUGGAUCAGCACAUUCGUCAGCAUCUUGUAAGGUUUGUGGAUGCUGUUGAAGAGAUUCUCAUUCGAGAGCUGCGGUCUGGUUAGGACCACUCCCUGGACUCAUGUUACAAUUUGCAUCCAUCUAGCUUUGAGGAUGGAGCAUCUUGAACCUCGACUGACCUUUGUGGUUCACAGUUUCACAUUUUGUACAGACUAAUUCCAUUCGAUAACAUCUAGAGCUGAUUGUUGGGUGUCAGACACAUUAGGGGGGAAAUGUUUUGAUCAGUGCUAAUAUGCGUUCUUUUUAGCUUCAUUUACUAACUUGAAUAUCCAAAUAACUGGUUCUGAAAAGAACAGAAGAAUCUUCAU